AUGGCGGACAAUCAGGAGCAUGAAGGAGCCUCCGCCAAGGAGCAACUUAUCGAAGCCUGCCGUCGCAAUAAUGUCGACCUACUCACCGAGAUCAUCUCUAACUGCAAGAACGACGACGAGAUAUCCGACCUGCUGAAUAACUCCAAGACCGUCAUGGGCAACCACGUCUACCACGAAGCCGCGCUGCAAGGGAACUACGAGAUCAUCGACAUGCUCCUCGACCAGGCCAACUUCGAGUGCGACCCCAUAAACCGCGCUGAGGGCGACACGCCCCUGCACAGCGCCAUCCGGUGGAUCAACAGCGAGCCGCCGGCACAGCGCGAGUUCGGCAACGCCCUGGUGGAGAUGAUGCUGGAGGCGGGCUCGAGCACGCGAAUAAAGAACAAGGCCAAGCUGACGCCGUACCAGCUGGUCGACCCGCGGAACCAGGGCCUGAAGGACCUGAUCCAGAAGCACGAGUACGCGGCGCUGAACGCGGGCGACUUCAUCGGCGCCGACGAGGUCAAGCCCGCCAAGAAGGGCGGUAACGCCAAUAACGCGAGCACGUUUGUUGACUCGCGGCAGGGUGCCGAGAGUGACGACGAUGAUGAUGCGGAGUUCUCGGGUAGCGAUGAGGAGGAGCGGGCUGAGUGGGAGCGCAGACGGAAAACAAAGGGCAAGGGCCGGUAG